GCUUAACCAUUUCCGUAUUUUGGAAAUGAUUUUUAUCACUGGACCAUUGGACGAUGAUGAAGAAAUUAAUGAUGUUAAUUUGUUUUUAAAGGGCAGUCAUCAAAUACUUAACGAAAAAGAGAAGCAUGUAGUGGAAUUACUCAAGCAGCAGAUUAUUUAUGAUAUUGCUGUUGAAUUAUCAACCAUAUGUGAUGGAAUUGGUGGCAAUUCUUCUCUUAAAGAUGAAGAGGCAAUUUUGGAAGAAAAUGAAGAUAAUCCAUCUGUCUUACUAAAUUAUAAUGAAGAAUCAGAACAAACAAAUUUAGAUCACACUAUGAUUGCCUUAUUAAAUAAUGAAACAGAUCCAGAGCAAACAAAAUUAGAAGAAAAUAUUAAUUGUAGCGAUAUAAAUCCGAAUUGCAGGGAUGUAAAUCCGAAUUGCACUGAUGUGAUACAGGAUAUUAAUGACAGUGACACGGAUUCAAAUAUUAAUUGUAAUGAUUAUGUAGAAGGAACUAAUUUUAAUGGAUUUAAUACUGACGCUGGCGUAGAAAAUGAAAUAAUUUUUUAUAUGUUUCCCGUAAAACAAGACACACCACUUGGUGAAUGGAUGAUGGGAAUAUCCCAAUCAAUUUUACCUAAUCGGAGAAUUGCAAAAAUGCAACAGCAAUCUAUGGAUCUUCUUCAUCGAAUAGGAGAUGCCACAAUUGUGGAUUUCGCCGAUCCAAGAUCAUCUGAAAAAUCAGAGCAUUUAGAUGCAAAAAUUUACAACUGCGUAUUGAAAGAAAAUGAUAUAGAAAAUGAAGAGUCAUCGCUUAAAGAGAAAACUUCUUUAGACUCAAUAAAUGAUGUUGCAUCACCCCUCAAAAUUAAGACGUCUUUAGGUUCAAUAAAUGACAUUGAGUUAUCGCUCCCAAAAAAAGAAUCUUUAAGUUCAAUAAAUAAUGUUACUGAUUCACAAGACAGCUUUCCCGAUAAUCCCAUUUCCACAAAUAUUGUCCCAAUUCGAUAUGAUAAUUCAACUUAA